AUGUCUGCUACUGUUUCAUAUGCAAAUGUUGCCGCUAAGGGUAGUCCUGAAGUAACCCAGGAAGGUUCUUCCAUCGUUGCCGCCGCUUCUGAUGUUGAAGUUUCCAAGAAGGAAUCAGUUGAAGAAGCUGAUGGUUCUGUUGAAGCCUCUACUGAAGCUUCCACCGAUGCUCCUUCUACCACAACUGAAUCUGAAGCCACUGAAUCUUCUGAAGUGAUUGCUGAAGGUGGUGAAGACGUGGAUGCAUCUGCUGCUUCUACUGAAGCUGCUGCUGCUGCUGCUGCUAAGCCAAAGAAAUCUUUGGCCCCAGCUCCUGUACCUACCAAAUCUGCAUGGGGUUCUGCUGCUAGCAGUGCCUCCUCCGUCAUGGAUGAGCAAAAAUGGCCUACACCAGACAAGGUUACUGUCACUGACUCCACCCAACCUCAAAAGUUCAUUAAGCCAAUCACAAACAAGUGGGUUCCAAUCACCGCCAAGGUUGUAUUACCAAGUGCAAAGAAUGCUAACAAGGGACAAAACAGAAACAGAAAGAACAAGAAGGUUCAACAAAACAACCAACAAAACCAACCUCAAAAGAAGGCUCAAAUACCAAAGAAGAAGGAAGGUGAAGAAUCUGCUUCUGUUACCGAAGAUGGUCAUGAACAAAACAAUGGUGGUGCUCAAAAUAAGAAUGCUUUCAGACGUUACAACAACUCUAACAAUGCUUCUUCAUCCGCUCAACAAUUCAAGCCAAAAUACCCUCAACAAUCACAACCACAACAACCAGGUGCUAAUGGUCAAUUUUUCCACCCUCAACCAUUUGUUCCAAACUAUUAUAACAACCGUCAAUUCAGACCACAACAAUCCCAACCACAACAAAACGGACAAUUCCGUCCACAAAAUAGAAGCAACUCCUCUUACCGUAAUGGAGGCUUCAACAACAACAACUUCAUACAACAACCAUUCCAAGUUCCUCAAGUACAAAUUCCUCCACCAAUUUCUCCAAAGCAAGACCCUAAGCAAGCCUUGGUUCAACAAAUUGACUACUACUUUUCUUUGGAAAACUUGAUACGCGACAUUUUCUUGAGAAAGAACAUGAAUGAAGAAGGUGGAUGGGUUCCUCUUGGACUCAUUUUGGACUUCAAGAGAGUCAAGAUCAUUAUUAACGGUAUUCAAAACAGUGCUGAAGAACCUGAAUCCAUUGAUUCUGACUCCAUUGUUUUGGACUCUGUCUCCAAGUGUGACAACCUCGAAGUUAGAUAUGUGAACGGUAAGGACGCUGAAACUGCAGCUAUUGCCGACGUUGAAUUAAGAGUGAAGGAUAACUACGAACAGUGGUUGUUGACGAGUAAUUAG